GUUGUAGAGAGAGAGAGAGAAAGAGAGAGAACUUAAGACGGUGAGAGCAGAAGACUGCAGUGAGUACACGGUGAGGGCAGACAGAGUGGGAACAAAAGAGAAGAAAGACUUGAAAUAUAGACACCACCAUCAAACAGAGAUGAUGUCACUGUGCAGGAACCUGGCUGUGCUUCUCCUUUUCCUGAGUGCAUUGCCUUUCCACCACUCCCACCUCUCCACCCAUGCUGCCUCUACAUUCCCUCCCGCCACCCGUCCUCCGAUCAUAUUCAUGACUGCCUUCGGCUCAGAUGAUGACUAUGACGAUAACUACUUUGACAACUACAGCCCUCCUCCUAAUGUCGUUCACGCAGUGAAGACUACCUUUGUCCAACGGGAGGUGCAGCUCUGCCAAUACAACCCCUGCUUGGAGAAUCAGGAGCCCUGCGAACAGAUUUCUGCAAAGACCGGGUGUCUCUGUCCUGGGGUCAGCGGGGUUGAUGAGCUUCCUCAUGCACCAAUCAUCCAAGUGCUGCGGCCAAUCAGUGAAGGAGAUGACACAGGGAAGAUAGAGGUCCAGUGGUGUGCUCCUUCUUCUGUGGUGUCUGGGUACAGAUUGGUGAUAGAGGGAAGUGAAGCCCUGGAGUUUGGGGAGGUUUCACGGCGAGGUUUGGUCGGAUCUUUGGAAGUUGGGACUAAGGUGUGUGUGGAGGCAGUGAACACUGCAGGACAUAGCCCCUCCUCGGAGUUCUCCUGUAAGCGGUAUACUCUUCCUGAAUCUUCUGAGCAUAAACUUUUGGCUGGGGUUAUAGCAGGAGGAGUGGCCCUCCUACUCCUCAUCAUAGCAGCUGUGAUCCUCUGGAACCAUCAAAUGCGUAAAAAGGCAAAGAGAGACUCCGCUGAUGGACUAGGGAACCCUUCUUACAGCACUGGGGGGACUCUGUGAUCCAGAUUAGUUUAGCACUGACAAUCCAUUCCAGUCACACUGAACAGGCCCCUGGUGACUGGGGCCACAGCAACGCUGUAAUCCAGAACAAAGGUUAAAAUGUUCUGGUUCUCAUUAUGGUUGAUUAUAGAAUUAAGAAGUUGUUUACACUCCUGUUUCAAGGAAUGUGUAAACACACUGGGGUAAAGAGGAGUGUUUUUUAUGGAGUAACUAAUCAAUGGGUCAUUCUGUUACUUUGUGGUUAGAACUACAGGUUUAUUUGCUGGCAAGUCAACUUUUGUAGGUUUAUUUUAGUGUUAUUUUAUCUUAUCAUGGCUCAAUUUAAUUGUAAAUAUUGUAGGAUAUAGAUACUGACUUUUGUAAUAAACUAAAACUUGUUUCAUAAAAACUGUGUAAAUGGUGUUUUUUUUUGUAAACAUUUGCUUUUAUCUGAAAGGUUUAGGCCUACGUGUUGUAACAUAAACCAGGGGGACAAAUUAAUUACAAUUGGUAGGUGUACGCUUUAAAUGUACCUUGGGAUUGAGUCUCUGAAACUUAACCGGACAUUCAGUUUAAAAUGUUCCAUGCUUGGGAUGAGAUCUGGUGACUGGAGAGUCCAUAGCAUAUGAUUGUCACAAUUUUAACAUCAAAACAUUCAUUAACCCCU